UUUGUGUUUGUUCUGAUCCUCCGGUCUCGGUCUCGUGUCCCGCUCGGAGACGCUCGGUCUCGGUCUCGUGUCCCGCUCGGAGACGCUCGGUCUCGGUCUCGUGUUCCGGACGCGCUCGUGGAUCUUCGGGCUCCGCGGGAAACGAGAAUUAAUCGGUGUUUAGUCGUUUGUCGCCCGGAGAUCGGACUGACAGGUCGACGACUGGACCGACCCGCCGCCAGAGAGGCAGGACCUGACCCGGACCAGGACCUGACCCGGACCAGGACCAGGACCAGGACCCGGACCAGGACCAGGACCAGGACCUGACCCGGACCAGGACCCGGACCCGGACCUGACCAGGACCAGGACGAGCCGGGCCCCAGCAGCGGUCCGCCGGGUUCAGACCGACAUGUCGCUCUGGUGUCGGGGGACAAACGGGCGUCGGUUCGGUUGACGACCCUCAGGUACGACGGUCCCGGUCCGUCCCGGUCCGUCCCGGUCCGUGACGGGCUGGACGGACUCGGGUAAACACCUGCCCUCCCGCCCGGGGCUCGGCUCGUCCCUCGGACCACAGCCCGGUCACGCUCCUGAUGAUUGAACGUCUCCUCCGCGGCUUCACGUGUCAGAACCGACCCGGAAAUAAAACAACAUCCGAUCUAUUGUGUUCGAGGCUCGUUCUUACGUUCGGCGACAUUAAUAAAUUCACCAGAGUUUUUUUUGAAAGAGAUGAUUAGAUUUAAACUGUGUCGUUCGUCAGCUGGUGAACGAACCUGCUGCUGAAUAUGAGACAUAUAUAAUAUAUGAUGUAAUCUUUCUGUUGAGUGGAGUCUGAUCUACUGUUGACGUCAUGAACAUCAGGAAGUGACUGAUCAAUAUCUGAUCAAUAUCUGAUCGAUACCUCUGUUGAACAGUGUUUUCUUAAAUUGACAUCAUUUUAAAUGGAGUUCGUUUCGAUAGAAAUUCCUUUUCCCCUGAUCUGUGAUGAUGAUGAUGAUGUCACUUGUGUCCAGGUGGUUUAGCUCCUCCCCCCUCCUGCUGCUCGUCGUCAGGCCGAAGGUCAAAGGUCGAUCUGUCCGAUGACCUGUCAGUCGUCCGACUCCACAGACGCCAUCGAGAGCAACAGACGAGCCGACGACAACAACAGAGCUGUGGAAUCAGACGAGCGACGCAUCGCCGCGGCCAUGAAGGACCUGAGGAACACGGGCUGGUACUGGGGCAGUCUGACGGCCACCGAGGCCAAGGAGAUCCUGCAGGACGCCUCGGAGGGCACCUUCCUGGUGCGGGACAGCUCUCAGAGGGAUUACCUGUUCACCAUCUCGGCCAUGACGUCCGCGGGUCCCACCAACCUGCGGAUCGAGUUCAAACAUGGGAAGUUCAAGCUGGACUCGGUCGUCCUGGUGAAGCCGAGGCUGAAGCAGUUCGACAGCGUGGUCCACCUGGUGGAGCACUACGUCACCUUGUCACGGACCAGUGACAAGACACCAGCGGACCCUCAGCCCUCGGGGUUAGCGCCCAACGGCACAGUGCAGCUGCUGCUCACCAGACCCGUGUACACGUCCACGCCGUCGCUGCAGCACCUGUGUCGCAUCGCCAUCAACAAGAGGACGCGGCAGGUCCAGGGUCUACCGCUACCCAACAGACUGAAGGUCUACCUGACGGACUACGCCUACAACGUGUAGACGCCGCAGGACGACAGCGUGGAUGGUACCGCUGCGACGCCACCGGACCGCCUGCCCCCUGGACCGGCCUGUCGCUCCGACAGGAGGCCGUUGGACCCACACGCCAUCACCGUUGGUGAGUCGUGAUCACCGCGGGCGGAGGUUUCGCUCCGAACAUGAGUCCGUUGUGUGUGUGUGUGUGUGUGUGUGUGUGUGUGUGUGUGUGUGUGUGUGUGUGUGUGUGUGUGUGUGUGUGUGUGUGUGUGUGUGUGUGUGUGAGACACAACAGGCUGCCGUUACACACUCACCAGCUGCACGGACACUUCCUGGUUAUCUUUUCAAAUUAAAACUCAUGAAGUCUGAGGAGAAGUAUUUUAUUUUGAUGGUGAGAGAGGACGUCGUUAACGCCCGACUGAUGAAUCGACCGGACUCUAAUUGAUUAUCAGUUAUUGAUGAAUCAAAGGUCUGUUUGUCCACAAAGAAAUUUAAUUUAUUCAGAGUUUAGAUAAAUGUGUCGAUUUCCCCUAAAAAAAACAAAACCGUAAUUUAAACCCGAGUAGAUAUUGAUCAUGUUUGAUUGGACACGAUGUUGUUCUCAGUGUUUGAACGUUUGUUUUCAGAUGAGUUCAUCGUCGUCUUCCCCGGGAACAGAAUCUUCUGGACUCGUCAAAUAAAUAUUAAUAUAAAUAAAUUUCCUGGUGAAAACCAGAGGAAGCUGCUUGACGUUCCCGUCGCUGCCAGGGAACGCUGCCCUCUGAUUGGCUGAGUCGAGUCAGGUGACUCUGUCUCUCCUCGGUUUCCAAAACGUAAAAAUGACAAAUGGAUUCAUUUAAUUAGAAUCUGUAAUCAGAAGAUUUGUCUUUGUCAAACAUGAAUAACUCGUAGUCCCACGUGACACGUUCUCACUAAACGUUUUGACGUGGAGACGUUUGUAGGACGGUCGCUCUCAGGUAAACGAUCUUCUACAGUUUCCUGUUGACGAUGUUCUUCUUCUUCUUCUCUCGUUAUGUCGCGCGGCGUCGUCGGGGGUCUGAGGUCACGACGAGUCUGUGCUCUGUUGCUACGUGUGCAGGUGUUUGUACAUAUCUUUGAUUUUUAUAAGAUAUUUAUUGAUCGUGUCGCACUGUGUUUUUCUAAAGACUCUGUCGUCGGGCAGGAAACUGGCAGCUCCGCCUCCGUCGUGUUGAUCAGAGAUCAAUAAAACUUUUAUAACACGCUU